ACAGGGCGGAGGUGGUGCAGCUGCGCCUUUCCCACGGCUCCGGCGCCCCGGGCCUGCCACGAGUCACCCGGUGUCCGCGCGAUGACGGGGCUGAACGUGUCCCUCUGCUUCUUCCUCGGCACCUGCGCCCUCUGCGAGACGGCCAGGAGGGCGUCCAAGGCCCUGCUCCCCGCGGGCGCCUACGCCUGCUUCGCCCGGGAGGCGGCGGGCGCAGCCCAGCUGGCGGCCUGCUGCCUGGAGCUGCGGGGGCUGGCGGAACUCGGGCCCUGGGCCGGGGGCUUCGGGCCUGACGUGCUGCUGACCCUGCUGUUCCUGCUGUUCCUGGUGCACGGGGCCACCCUGGACGGGGCCUCGGCCAACCCGGCCGUGGCCCUGCAGGAGCUCCUCAUGGCCGAGGCGUCCCUGGCCAGCACGCUGCUGAAGCUGGCGGCCCAGGGGCUGGGCGUGCAGGCCGCCCACGCGCUGACGCUGCGCUGCUGGGCCUGGGAGCUCAGUGAGCUGCACCUGCUGCAGAGCCUCCUGGCCGGGCACUGCAGCUCCGCCCUGCACACGUCCGUGCCCCACGGCGCCCUGGUGGAGGCCGCUUGCGCCUUCGUCUUCCACCUGACCCUGCUGUGCCUGCGACGCAGCCUCCCCGCCUACAGGGUGCCCGCCCUGGCCCUGCUGGUCACCGUCGUGGCCUACACAGCCGGGCCCUACACGUCUGCCUUCUUCAACCCUGCUCUGGCUGCCUCACUCACCUUCCACUGCGAAGGAAACAGCUUGCUGGAAUACGCCCAGGUGUACUGGCUGGGCCCCCUGACAGGUGAGCGCAGGUGUACUGGCCGGGCCCCCCGACAGGCAUGGUGCUGGCCGUCCUGCUGCACCAGGGCCGCCUCCCCCGCCUCUUCCAGACCAACCUGCUCUACAGGCAGAGGAGCAAGUACCGCAGCCCCAGAGUGAAGCCGGCCCCAAGCUCCGGAGACCUGGGCCGGGAGUGGGGGCGGGGCAGGGCGGGGCAGCCUGCCCUCCGCGCCCACUGAGCUGCGCGUCGGUGGAGGAUGGAGUGGCCGAGGGCUGGGCCCUGGGACCUCUGGGAGCCCGGGCUGGGGAAGCUGGGCUCUGGCAAUAAACCCUUGCUGUGACCCUGCCGUGACCUUGUGUGCAGCUCCCUCCUGCCUCUUGCUUACAGACUAAGACCCUACGUAGUUGCCAGCGUGUGGCUUCCAAUGGUGAGCAGCUUGGGGGCAGUGGGGGUGCUCAGGAGCCCCCCAGGCAGCAGGAGUAAAGCCCACGAGAAACCCAAGCAGUGCGAGUGUCUCCCACACCACGUCCCUUCCUUGUUCACAAAAAAGCUGACGGACACAGAGCUGGUGCCUCACGCUGUCUCCACACACACGGCACGCACACACGUGUCCCCCGCACUCCCAACAGGCAAAGCCCACCCGGCGGGCGUGACCGCAGCGGGGACCCCAGGACUGGGAGCAAGAAACAGAACCAGCUCUGUUUAUAGACGGCGUCACCGACAGCCCGGGGGACACCUACAAGAUGCUUGGCACGGGGACAGCACAGCGGUGACCGUGGGCUGCAUACGGCGAGAACCAGAGCUAUGACACCGCGCCCCGGAGACUCACCACAGCCCCCAGGGAAGGGAGGGCGUGGGUGCAGCCAGCUCCCAGGGUCCCUUCUCCCAGGGCGCCCGGCAGAAGGCCCGAGGCGAGAAACCCGCAAGAUACAACCCACGCCCAGGGCCGGCACGCGGCUGGCGGAGGCUCGCAACCCCCUGGGGGAGACCAUUCUGUACCUCACCCCGGGGUGAGCGCCCAGGGGGCCCAUGUGGGGAGCAUGCACACCGGGGGAGGGGUUCUCUGUCGGCUGUGCAGGAGCAGGCCCGACCCCCACACGUGGCCAGGACCCCGCCACAGACAAGUGGAAAACCAGGGGAAGUGUUCGAGACGCUCACCGCGGACGGAAGGUGAGCCCCCAGCUCACUGAGAACUCCGGAGCUGUUUUGAGUGGCGCUGUGGCGCAGUGGGCUGAGCCGUCGCCCGCAGUGCCCGCAUCCCAUAUGGGCGCCGGUUCGAGUCCCGGCUGCUCCUCUUCUGAUCCAGCUCUCUGCUAAUGUAUCUGGAGACCCAGAAGAAGCUCCUGGCUCCUGGCUUCAGAUCAGCCCAGCUCCGGCCAUUGCGGCCAUCUGGGGAGUGAACCAGCGGAUGGAAGACCUCUCUCUCUGUCUCACUCUCUCUCUCCCCCCUCCUCUCUCUGUGGCUCUGUCUUUCCAAUAAUAAGUCUUUAAAAGUGCUUCAGAACCAGGGAAAAAGAGGACAGAAGCAGACAAGUCCUGUGGCCCAAACCACUCAAGGCGAGAGCAGCACAGACCGGAAUGGCCCACGACACCAGUGCUGGCCCCAGGCUGCAGAGGCAGAGCCCAGGCCCACAGCUCCUUGGCCCAGCCAGCUGGAGUCGCGGGGAGCCUGGGUGGGCAGGGGUGGGCAGGGGUGAGCAGAGGCGGGCAGGGGAGGGCAGGGGCAGUCAGCCUGCCGAGACCCUGGCACCCUUUCCCCCGCCCCGUCCCUGCCCCUGCCCCGUGUCUUGUCCAGUGGCUCCUGCUCUCUUGCCCCCUCUGGUGUGUGUGCUUGGGACUGCAGGUUCUCUCUGGGGAGCCAGGGUCCCUGUCCACGGGACAGCACCAGCCCUGGGAGGCUGGAGAAGGCGGCAGCACGUGCCUGGGCGGAGCGUGGUGCCCACGGCUGCGGCAAGGAGCUCUUGGUGCCCAGUGCAGCCGCUCUGCGUGCUGGAGUGAGUGAGUGAGUGAAAAGGCCAAGUGGCAGAGGGACGGAGAGAGAACCAGUGCUCGCUCCACUGCUGCACCCCCAGAGCCCAGACGGCUUUUCCGAGUCCCUCCGAUGGCCUUAUUACCGUGUGAUGCUCAGAUGGAGAGCGAGGGGUGAGUCUGGGGGAAACAGCAUCGGCAAAGCUCAGGGCCACACCCACAUGCACCGAGCUCGGGAACGCUGUGACUGCCCUGGCUCAGCCCACGCGCUCCUGGGACCCGUGGAGACCACGGCAGAAGGUUCCAGAGGGCCAGGGAGUGGGAAGGCAUCCCCUGUCGGUGCCCUUGUGGGUAGGCGUCCCAUGGGCAGAUGUCCCCUGCCAUGGACGGGUGUCCCCCGCAGGCAGGCAUCCCCACGAUUGGGCGUCCUUGUGGGCAGGUGUCCACCCCGGUGGCAGGCGGGGCCCCACAGAAGGCACAAGGAGACCCACAGCGUGU